AUGCGCAAUAACCUCCUCGGCCUCGCCGGAGGUUGAGCGGCGGAAACAAUGGCGGGCACGACGUCUGUCGCUGGUGAGGUGUUUGUGGACGCUUUACCUUAUUUUGAUCAGGGAUAUGAUGCUGCUGGAGUCAGAGAAGCGGCCGCUGCGCUGGUGGAGGAGGAGACACGCCGAUACAGACCCACCAAGAACUACCUGAGCUACCUGCCCACUCCAGACUUCUCCGCCUUCGAGACGGAGAUCAUGCGGAAUGAGUUUGAGAGGCUCGCGGCACGACAGCCGAUGGAAUUGCUCAGUAUGAAAAGGUACGAGCUUCCGGCCCCAUCUUCGGGACAGAAAAAUGACAUCACAGCCUGGCAGGAGUGUGUGAACAACUCCAUGGCUCAGCUAGAGCACCAGGCAGUGCGCAUAGAGAACCUGGAGCUCAUGGCACAAUACGGCACCAAUGCCUGGAAGGCCUACAAUGAUAACCUCGCCCACAUGAUUGAGCAGGCACAGAAGGAGCUGCAAAAGUUCAGAAAGCAGAUUCAGGACCUUAACUGGCAACGCAAGAAUGAGCAGCUCACUGGAGGAGCCAAACUGAGAGAACUGGAGUCCAACUGGGUAUCUCUCGUGAGCAAGAACUACGAGAUCGAGCGUGCCAUCGUCCAGCUGGAGAACGAAGUGGCACUGCUGAGACACCAGCGUGGGGACGAGAACAAAGAGAACAUUCGACAGGACUUCUAGGUCAGCCCACCCAAGAGUGGAUCAAAUCUUCAAGCCGAUGCUUUGGAGCUGGGUGUUGACAGAUGACACAUGGACAAAGGCAGAACUGCAAAUGGGUCUUCCUUCCUAGUGCUGUGUUGGUCAGACGCAAGAUGCUGGAUAGAGCUGCAGAGAAAAUGGACAAAGUGCUUCUCUUGCAGACAGUUUUUCAUGGCUUCUUGCGUUAUGUUUAUUUCCUUGUCUCACAGUUAAUCAGCGGGGAUGGAGAGUUCACAGUAAACGGCCUCUGAUAAGAUAAAAUGUUAAAAUGAACUGUGACCCUAAAUAUUUGCAUCGCCAUGCCUGAUAAGCUGUUCAACAUUCACUUCAGUAACGGAUCCUAUUAUAGCUAAACCUGCCAUCAGGUGCAACGUUACAAAUUGUUGACCUCAGCAUGUGCUUUUUAAUUUGAAACUAAAAGAUUUCAAAU